AAAACUGCGUGUGGUGUGAACUGUGUUUUAUUGUGAUGACUCUGCGUAGUAUUUUGAUUUUAUUAGUCUCUUAUACGGCCUUGUUAUUAGUGUAUAAUUCAUUUUUAUAGGGGUAGAUAGUUUACGACCUCCUGUGGUGGCCCGUCAAGGUGAAACUCUGCAAAUCAUACCACCAUGGAAGCCGCUGUGAUAGCAUCAGAGGCGUCAGGUCAACAGCAGCGAGGAGUUGGACUCAACAUCAGUGAUGUGUUGGACGUGAUCGAGACUGACUUGGAGUUGGCCGACGGCGACUCCAAGAUGUCGUACGGGCCGGCCGAUCCCGUCGGCGCCUCGCUCUACAGCCACGCGCCAAUGCACUACGCACCGCGACCGGAGGACUACGACCCCGUACUGCGCGCCAGGCGACAAGCCAAGGUGGUCAUCACCGAGCAGCCGGCCUCCAAGGCGCUCCGGUUUCGGUACGAGUGCGAGGGCCGCUCGGCGGGCAGCAUCCCGGGCGCGCACUCGACCGCCGACAGCAAGACCUUCCCCAGCGUCAAGGUGGUCGGCUACCGCGGCCCGGCCGUGGUGGUCGUCUCCUGUGUCACCAAGGACCCGCCGCACUGGCCGCACCCGCACAACCUGGUCGGAAAGGACGGCUGCAAAAAGGGCGUCUGCACGGUGAACCUGAACGUGGAGACGAUGUCUGUGACGUUCCAGAACCUGGGCAUCCAGUGCGUGAAGAAGAAGGACGUCGAGGACUCGCUACGGCAACGGGAGGCCAUCCUGGUCGAUCCCUUCAGAACCGGGUUCGACCACCGGCUCCAGCCGACGGCCAUAGACCUGAACACAGUGCGACUGUGCUUCCAAGUGUUUGUCGAGGGCCACGAGCCGGGAAAGUUCGUGGUGCCGCUCACACCAGUCGUCUCAGACCCCAUCUUCGACAAGA